CAGAAGAAUGAUGACAACAUGACACGAGAGGGAGAGUCUGAUAUCAAGUCUGAACCAUCUACAACUGAAGAGAAAGUAGAUGAACCGGAGGACAGUGCAGCUGAAACAGAGGCAAAGUGUGAUCCAUUGAAUGAACCUGGCCGUGAUGAACACUCACAGAAGAAUGAUGACAACACAACAGGAGAGGGAGAGUCUGAUAUCAAGUCUGAACCAUCUACAACUAAAGAGAAAGAGAUCAAUAUAGAUCUAGAUGAACCGGAGGACAGUGCAGCUGAAACAGAGGCAAAGUGUGAUCCAUUGAAUGAACCUGGCUGUGAUGAACACUCACAGAAGAAUGAUGACAACAUGACAGGAGAGGGAGAGUCUGAUAUCAAGUCUGAACCAUCUACAACUGUAGAGAAAGUAGAUGAACCGGAGGACAGUGCAGCUGAAACAGAGGCAAAGUAUGAUCAAGUUCUAGUAGAUGAACCGGAGGACAGUGCAGCUGAAACAGAGGCAGAGUGUGAACCAUUGAAUGAACCUGGCCGUGAUGAACACUCACAGAAGAAUGAUGACAACAUGACACGAGAGGGAGAGUCUGAUAUCAAGUCUGAACCAUCUACAACUGAAGAGAAAGCAGUAGAUGAACCGGAGGACAGUGCAGCUGAAACAGAGGCAAAGUGUGAUCCAUUGAAUGAACCUGGCCGUGAUGAACACUCACAGAAGAAUGAUGACAACACAACAGGAGAGGGAGAGUCUGAUAUCAAGUCUGAACCAUCUACAACUAAAGAGAAAGAGAUCAAUAUAGAUCUAGAUGAACCGGAGGACAGUGCAGCUGAAACAGAGGCAAAGUGUGAUCCAUUGAAUGAACCUGGCCGUGAUGAACACUCACAGAAGAAUGAUGACAACACAACAGGAGAGGGAGAGUCUGAUAUCAAGUCUGAACCAUCUACAACUAAAGAGACAGUAGAUGAACCGGAGGACAGUGCAGCUGAAACAGAGGCAAAGUGUGAUACAUUAAAUGAACCUGAACACUCAGAGAAGAAUGAUGACAACACGACAAUGGAAGGAAAAUCUGAAAUCAAGCCUGAACAAUCUACAACUAAAGAGAAAGAUAUGGAUGUGGGAGAAGACAAGGAUACGCAGUCAGUGCAGAUUUCUGAAGAGAUCAACAAGAAGAAACAACAUCAAAGAGAAACUGAAAAACUGUUUGGUAGACUUCACCUUCAAGACAAACGUCAACAGAAGUUCACACCAGCAGACUUUCUUAAAAUUGGUCCACCUCUGAAACUGGAGGAUGACACAUGUGAGAAAGAUCUAGCUCAUACUUUUCUUCAGAGGUUGAUGAUGUUAGACUACAGAGCCAGAUAUAUUCCUGUAAGACAAGACAGUCCUGAGGUGAGCCUGUCAAAUCCUGUUCCAGUGUUUGACAAUGUUGAGACAGAUGACAGUGACUUAGACGCUCUAUAUAGCACCAGUGUAGAAUCUGAUCAGUCAAAACAGACUCACGUGCAUCCAAUGGACGUUCAAAUGGCAGUAUUUCACUGCUCAGACAGCUUUUUAAAGCAGAACAUGAUUACAAAGCUAUCACAAUGUCAGUACGCCUUACCUUUGCUUGUUCCUGGCCCAGUCACUAUGGAUGUUGAGUGUCCUCUGUGGACAUUCAGACAAAUAAAAAAAACAUGGAAGAUAACUCAAAAUGAAGAUGAUUCAAACAUUGUUACCAUGAAGAGUAUGCCCAUCUGCAAAGCUGAGACACCCAUGGUGUCAUUUCUCCGCCUGGGUUCAUUAUCUCUGUCUAAAUCUCAGCUGAUGAACACUUUGAUCAACGACCGUCACAACACCUUCUUCCACAGGAACUGCUCAGGUAGCACCAAGUCUCGUCAUUUGAUGGAUGGAGUUGUAGAGAUUGCCUGGUACUGCCCUUCUGGAAAACCCAAUGAUGCUUUCACUGACUGUGUUGCCUUCUGUAAUCUUCAUGGUGAUGCUCUGUUGAUUGAAAAACAACGUGACAUCCUGACUGAAAAAUCUUCAGUUAAUGUUGUUCUUGUACCAACUCUGGAAGAAGGCCAUGAAAGUAUUACAGUUAUCUCAAACCUUUUUGAGUCUAAGAAGCCUCUCAUUAUUCUCCUUGCUGAUGAUGACUGUGGUACAGCUCAGAUUAAAGAACAAAAAUACAAACUGGGCCUGAAAGACAAAAGCCAAUCAGAUGUUUCUGAAGAACUGAAAAGAAUCAUGAGAAACAUUUUGUCUGGACCACAUGACUCCUUCAAGCUUGAAACCAUGGCUGAUGUCUCUGGAAUCAAAGUGGAUGAAAAUGACACAGCCUGCCAAACUGGAAAAUCUGCUUCUAUGAAAAUAGUAGAUUUGUUUCAGGGGAUGGAUGUUUCAAAGAUCAAAGAUACAUUUCUUCCGUGUCAAGGCAAACUGUGGCAUGAAUGGAGCAGAAUAAACAAAGAACUGUAUCACCUCAAAGGUGACAUUGAGAUGGAGAAAUGUGAAAAGCAACAGAAACUAAAGACAAUACGACAAAAUCAACAGGAAGCUUCCUCCAGUGAACUGAUGAAAUUGUUCAUUGAAAGCCUCUUAUCUUUAAAGUCAACAGACAAAGAGUAUUUCGUGAAAUGGAUUCAGAUCUUAAUAGAUGCCCUCUGCACAGGCGAUCUCUCUUCAAUUCUCCAAAAAUAUGAUAAAACGUGGUCUGAGGUCUUGACUUUGAAGAAGAAGCAUGACAAAUCUGACCAGUUAGAAAGCAAGCAAACUGAGCUUGAUCAAAUAUCAGCAAAACUACAGUCAGCAACGUUUGGUUUGGAGCACAUCUUUAGAGAAAUGGGACAAAUCUAUGAAGCCCACAAAUCUCUGCAGGAACAAACAAACACGGCACAGACUGACUGGGUUAGAUAUCCAGAGCUGGCUGCAGAGCUGAUGAUCUCAGGACAUCCGAUGGAGCUGAUGGAUGGUGAUGCAGGUCAUGUGCCUUUAACAUGGAUCUCUAGUCUCUUAGAUGAAGUCAUGAAGAAACUGGGUGACAAGAAAGUUUUUGUUUUGUCAGUUUUAGGCGUACAAAGCAGUGGAAAAUCAACUAUGCUGAAUGCCAUGUUUGGGUUACAGUUUGCAGUGAGUGCUGGCAGGUGCACCAAGGGUGCCUUCAUGCAACUGAUCAGAGUGUCAGAGGAGAUCAAGACAAACUUUCAGUUUGACUAUGUUCUAGUGGUGGACACUGAAGGACUGCGUGCUCUUGAGUUGGCAGGUAACACCAAUCUUCACCAUGACAAUGAACUGGCAACAUUUGUUGUUGGUCUGGGAAACAUGACUUUGAUCAACAUUUUUGGAGAGAAUCCAGCUGACAUGCAAGAUGUUCUGCAGAUUGUUGUUCAGGCUUUCAUGAGGAUGAAGAAAGUCAAACUUUCUCCAAGUUGUGUGUUUGUUCACCAGAAUGUUACAGAUGUUGCAGCUGCAGAGAAAAACAUGGAUGGAAAGAGACGCCUGCAAGACAAACUGGACGAGAUGGCCCGAUUAGCUGCAAAAGAAGAGGUUUGUGAUGCUGAGUGCUUCAGUGAUGUCAUUGCAUUUGAUGUGCAAAAAGAUGUGAAAUACUUUGCCCAACUAUGGGAGGGAAGUCCACCUAUGGCUCCACCAAAUCCAGGUUAUACUGAGAGCAUCCACGAGCUGAAGAACUUCAUCCUCUCUAAAGCUUCACAGUCAGCUGGGAUUACUCUCUCACAGUUCAAAAGCAAAAUUCAUGAUCUGUGGAAUGCCCUGUUGAAUGAAAACUUUGUUUUCAGUUUCAAAAACACACUUGAAGUUGCAGUGUACAGAAAACUUGAGGUCCAGUAUGGGAACUGGACCUGGGCCCUGAGGAGCAACAUGUUGACCAUUGAAAACCAGCUUCAUACCGAAAUUGAAAAUGGACUUGACAAGGUUGAGCCCAAUUAUCUUUAUGAAGAAAUGAGCAAAACAUAUGAAGAAAUUAAAAAUGAUAUGACAAUUUACUUUGAUGACAAAAGAGAUAAAGAAAUGUUGGUCCAGUGGAAAGGCCGAUUUGAAAACAAAAUCAAAGAGUUUCAUGAGGAACAAGUGAGAGGAGUUAAAAGAAAACUGGAUGAAGUUAUCCAGCAGAGGAGUGCUUGUAAAAAGUUUGAUGACAAGAAGACAGAGUUUGAGAACAAGCUGCUGCAAAAGAGUAAAGAGCUCGCUCAUCAGUUAAAAGACAAGGCAAAAGAUGAAGAGGAACUGGAAAAACAAUUCAACUCUGUCUGGACAGUCUGUGUUAGAGAAAUAACUGCAAUUAUAAAGCCUAUUGAGGAUAUCAACUUGGAAGAAGAUCAGUCAACUAUCCUUCAAGAUCUUGGUUUUGAAUGGUCUCUUAUAGCUGAAUCCAAAGCCAGGGACAGCUACAAAAAUAUAUCAGAGCUUGGUGAUUAUUCUGUUUAUGUAACCCUCACAAAGCACAAAGAGCACGGUGACACAAACCAACAACCCCAAGAUGAUAACAGGGAAAAUGAGAACACAACAAUAAAAAAGGUUUGGGGUUAUGUUAAAACCUUUUGGGGAUAUGGGCCAAAACAAGAAAAUAAAAAACAUACAUCAAGUAAUUUGUUAUGUCAUGAAGAACAACAACUUAUCAGCUCCCUCAUUAACAAAGUCGAACAACAGACCAUAGCCAUGAUCAAAAACAAACCUGUAGCUACAAGAGGCUAUAAUUCAACUUACUUGCGAGAAGUGGCCAAAAAUGUAAAAGAAAAAGUGACAGAAUUUGAAUUACAAUUGAAAUAUGCACUGAAGAAGGAGUUCACAGUUGAUCUCUUACUGUAUGUUUUUGACAAAGUAGGGAGUUGGCUUUCAGAGUCCCACAAGAAAUUCAAAAUGAGCAACGAUGCUCACACUUAUUUAGAGAACAAGAAAAUGCAAUAUUACAACAUUUUCAGAAGCUUCUGCAAAGGAAACUCAUCUGCUGUUGUGCUUGGAGAACUGAUCUGUGAGAAACUGAAGAGUUCCACUGUUGAGGCUGUCUGUAACAAGACUGCCAUUGAUCUUGCUGGAGAGAUGAGGUGCAGAUGUCCAGCAUUCAGUGGUAACCGGCUGAACUUGGAGAAACAUGUCUUGAAGUCACUGGCAGAGAAAGAGGACCUUGAUGGUUUUAUCACCUACAUCCAACGCCCAAGACAGCAAGUAGAGACUUUUAUCAAAGAGGAAGUAAAGAAAUACAUCUUCACACAGAACAAAAAUAAAGCACAGAAAAUACUCAAGAAAAAUGUUGAAGACAUCAAACGACUUGUGAGUCAAGCUUUAUUUACUGCAACAGAGGAAGUCAGAACUCAGAGAGGAAACAUAGAAAUGUGGGUGAAGAAAUUUUCCAGUUCACUAAAAGAUGUGCUGACAUUUGACACCAUUUGUUGUCAAAAUUUCAAUGACAUAGACAAAUUUGACUUUCUUAAAGAAGAGAUAGAGAAAGGCCUUGAAUGCGUCAUGCAUGAGAUCAGCAGCCUCUCAUUGGAUAAGAUGAAUGAAUUCAGGCUGCAGCCGGAUCAAAUCCUCAUCGAUCAGCUGUGUAACUGCUGCUGGGAAACCUGUCCAUUCUGUGCAGCUGUUUGUACCAACACUGUCAAAGAUCACCUUCCUGACAAACACAAUGUGCCUUUUCAUCGCCCUCAUGGGAUUAAAGGAUGGCACUUUAGAAACACAGAUGAACUGGUCAUCGAUUUCUGCACGACAUCAGUUGCAAGUGAUAAACGUUUCUACCCCCGUCAUGAUUCAGAUAAGACAUAUCCUUAUAAAGAGUAUCAAAAAGCUGGAAAGGAGUAUGCUUCAUGGGAGAUUACUCCUGAUGGGUCUCAGCUGACAUACUGGAAAUGGUUUGUAUGUAAAUUUCAAACGCAGAUUGAAGAGCACCAUAAAUUAAAAUUCCAUCAUAGUGGAGAAAUCCCUUGUGAGUGGAAAAACUACAGUAAACGAGAAGCGAUUAAAAGUCUGGAUGAAAUGAUCAAAUCACAGUGAUCCAGAAACAACUGAACUUUAUCACAGUAACAGAAUUCCAAACUGUCUGUAAAUGUUCAAAAGAAAAAGGAGAUUUUGAUUUGAUUGACAUUAAUUGUGCAAUAAGAACUGAGGAUGAAGCCAAAAUGUCUGGAAGCCCAUGUUUAUUAUUGGAUCAAUAUGUAGGCCUGUUUUAAUUCUAUCAUUGUGUUGUAGUACAACAUUGAGUAGUAAGGAUUUUUCAAAAUGGCCUGUGUGUAAUCACAAGUUCUGUGUUUUGUAGCCAUUAAAUGAUAAAACAUGAAUCUUAAGUAUCAAAUCAUUUAGGUUAUUUAGGUUUUUGUUUGCUUAUUUUAUUUUACAAGAUGAAGAUUAAUGGAAUUCAUAUGUGAAUAUUUGGAUGGAUGUUUAAAUAAGUUUUCAGAUAUUAUGGGCACAUUUUGAUUUUGAGGUAUUAUUUCACAUUUUACCAUUUUACAUUUAUAUGAAAAUCUCAACAGAUAGACAUUAGUUAUGUAGAGUAUAUGGUUUCUUCCAUAGAUGGGCAUUUUCUUAAGUUUUAGGUUUCAAAGUGAAAGAAUGGUGUAGGAUGGUGAUCUUAGAUAUGUUGUCAGAAGUGUAUAUAAUUCAACUCAUUUGGUAUAUGGAAGCCAUUAUUUUUAUUUUUACUUUUUUUCUUUGAUAUAGUUGUCAUUAAAAGGCCUUAUAACAGGCAACACAUGUUUUGCAAUUUUAAAAAUGUAUAUCAAUAUGUCUGUAUCUUAAGUUUUUCAGUGAAUUUAUGUAACAUAAUUCAUAGACUGGGUGAAUCAUGUUCUGAGAUUGCAUUAUUGAAAUGUUUAUUAUAAAAAUGUAUGAAACUUUUACUUCUAUAAGAUUUUUUGAGUUCCACAAAAAGAAAAAGUUGUGAGAAGUGGACAUGUGUUUUUGUUUUUGUUGUAUCUGUUGUCUAAAUCAUCUGAAAAUCAUCUUUAACAAACAUUUUCAUCUUCAUAUUUUAUUUGUAUGUUUCAUCAGAGUUGUAUAUUCAACAGUUUUACACUAUCUAUAGUUUUGAAUGUUUUUAUUUUGCCCAUAUUAGAAUUGGUUGUAUUGUUGUUAUUUAGACUCCUGACAUAUCAAUCAAUAUCUAGAAAUAUAAGUGUGAAGAAAAAUAUUGAUAUUUUCUUUUACUUUUUUCUUUUGUUUUGUUGUUCUUGUUUAGAAUCUUUCUGUAGAAGUCUGUUGAGUAAUAAUGAGUUAUCAUAAAAAUAAAUUCUUCAU